GCCUGAAAAUCAGUAAGGCAGAGAGAACCUCAAAAGCUCCUGUAUCUCAUCCAAAAGCCUGCUUCCUUCCCAGCAGUGCCAUGAAGAUGUCUGGAGCUCUUCUGUCUGUGGUCCUCUUCACUGCUUAUUUCAUCUGUCAGAUUUAUGCAAUGCCAGAUGGAGUUGCUAUUCCCAAAACUUGCUGCUUUGAAUUUACCAAUAAGAAGAUACCCUUGAAAUUACUGGCCUACUAUCAGAGGACCAGCAACAUGUGCUCCAAAGAAGCAGUAAUCUUGGUAACCAAAAGUGGCUAUAACCUUUGUGCUAACCCAAAGGUUCAUUGGGUCAAUGAAGUAAUGAAACACCUAGACAAGAUGAAAGCCAAGACCAUGAAGUCCACAAAGGCUCCAACCACUUCCUCUUACUCCAGUGUGACCUCCACCAUGACACCCACUGUGACACCCACAGUGAUCUCCACCAUGACACCCACCAUGACCUACAAUGUGACCUCCACCAUGACACCCACUGUGGCCUCCAAUGUGACCUCCACCAUGACACCCACUGUGACCUCCAAUGUGACCUCCACCAUGACACCCACCAUGACCUCCAAUGUGACCUCCACCAUGACACCCACUGUGACCUCCAAUGUGACCUCCACCAUGACACCCACUGUGACCUCCAAUGUGACCUCCACCAUGACACCCACCAUGACCUCCAAUGUGACCUCCACCAUGACACCCACUGUGACCUCCAAUGUGACCUCCACCAUGACACCCACUGUGACCUCCAAUGUGACCUCCACCAUGACACCCACCAUGACCUCCAAUGUGACCUCCACAAUGACACCCACUGUGACCUCCAAUGUAACCUCAACACCAAAGUGGGAGUGAAGAAUAAUUUAUUUCCCUCUAGCCUUCCAUUGCUGCUCUCAGAGACAUUUAUUGUUAUUUAAAACUACUUAAUCCUAUUUAAAUUAUUAUUGUUUGACUUAACGUGUCACAAAUAUGUGCAUUUUUUAAACCAACCCAUAGAUAAGUAACUUAUUCUCUUAUUCUUCUUAUUUCAAAAUGAGGACAAUUCCUCUCUUCCUUAACUUUUAGAAGAAUGUUAAGAGAAAAGAUACUACACUAUGAUGAUUGAAUUGUCAUAAAAAAUAUAGUUUUCUUUGUAAAA